AUGUCUGUCUUGCGGACAUUGGCACUGUUGGUCAUCGGAGCCACCGUUGUGCUGGCUCAGCGCCGUCUAGCCCUACCGGAUCCCCGUAGCUGCGCCAACCGUGUGCGACAUGCGACGUACCGUGACGCCCGUGGAGUAGCGCAUUCGUACUUCUUCAGCUGGGAACAUGCACCGACCCGCAGCUUGGAGGUCGACUGGCUAGACGCCCGUAACAUCUGCCGGCGACACUGUAUGGAUGCGGUCUCGAUGGAAACACCGCAGGAGAACGAGUUCAUCAAGCAACGCAUCGCCCGUGGUAACGUGCGGUACAUCUGGACCUCCGGACGCAAGUGUAACUUUGCCGGAUGCGACCGUCCGGAUCUGCAGCCACCGAACGAGAACGGCUGGUUCUGGUCCGGAUCGGGCGUCAAGAUUGGACCGACCACCCAGCGCAACACCGGCGACUGGAGCUACACCGGCGGAUACGGCCAACAGCAACCGGACAAUCGUGAAGCGGCCCAGGGUAAUGACGAAUCUUGCCUUUCGAUCCUGAACAACUUCUAUAACGAUGGGCUGAAGUGGCACGACGUUGCCUGCCACCAUCUGAAGCCAUUCGUGUGCGAAGAUUCGGACGAGCUGCUGAACUUUGUACGCUCCCGCAACCCGGGCAUCCGUCUCUAA